AUGCCGAAAUCUAGCCUACAAAAAGCCUUCUAUGGCACUGUUAUUCAUUCCGAAGGCUUGAAGAAAAUUUCCAUCCUCGAAAAUGCCUUGUUGGUGGUCGACGGCCGCGGUACCAUCGCCGCUCUCGAAGCAGACGUGCAGAAAGAAAAAGUCUCCGAAAAACUCGAAGCCCUCAAUGCUUCCGAGCUCAGCUUCACUGAAAUAAAAAAAGGACAGUUCAUCAUGCCUGGUUUCGUUGAUACACAUAACCAUGCGCCGCAGUGGCUUCAUCGCGGCCAGGGCCAGGGCCUCCAUAUCCUCGAAUGGCUUAAUCAAGUUGCCUUUCAUAAUGAGUCUCUAUUCAAAGAUCCUAAUCACGCAAGACGAGUAUAUCCCAUGGUCGUCAAAGGAAUGCUUCGUCAAGGCGUCACGACUGCGAGCUACUAUGGUUCCCUGCACGGCGCGGCCACCAAAAUCCUGGCCGACGUCUGCUUGGAGAUGGGCCAGCGGGCACUCAUCGGGAAAUGCAACAUGGCCCGAAACGCACCGGAUUUCUACGUCGAUGCGAGUGUCGCCGAAUCAUUGCAGGUCACGCGCGACUGUAUAAAGCACAUCAAGGACCUCGAUCUCAAAGGCGAACUCAUUCGCCACGUCUUGACGCCGCGCUUCGCCAUUUGCUGCGAUGAGACUCUGCUAGAGGGACUCGGCGAGAUUGUCAAGGAACACCCGACCAUGGCUAUCCAAACACACUUUGACGAAUCCGAGCAGGAAAAGAACUUUACCAUGACACUGUUCCCGCAAUUUACCAACGAGGCGGACCUGUACGAAAAGUUCAACCUCCUCAACGAACGCUCCAUCCUGGCCCACUGCACCAUCAUGACGCCCUACGAGACGCAGCGGCUGCAGCAGCUCGACUGUGGCGUGGCGCACUGCCCUACGUCCAAUAUGACGGUUGGCGGCGGCUUCAUGGCCGCGCCCAUCAAGGACUUUCUUCGCCGCGGCAUGAAGGUCGGCUUGGGCACGGAUUCCGGCGGCGGCUACUCCAUCUCCAUGCUCAAUGCGAUGCGCCACUCUUUGAUCAACUCCUUUGCGCGUGACUUCCUGGAUGCGCGCGACGGCAGCGCUGCGAUAACGAUGGAAGAGGCAUUCCACAUGGCCACAAUCGGUGGUGCUCGUGUUGUCGGUUUUGGCGAAGAGGUUGGAGACUUUCGGGUUGGUAAACAGUUCGAUGCACUCCUAGUUGAUAUAAGCGAGGCAAGAGGUGGAAUUACGGCACCGCUCGAAGACGUCGAUGCCUUGCGAACGAUGCUGGAGAAGUUCAUCAUGACAGGUGAUGACCGAAACAUAGCCCAAGUCUAUGUUCGGGGCCGUCUUGUGCAUCAUUGCUGA